AUGGAAUCGGAUAAUGAUGAUAAAGAUUCAAAUCAACUACGCAAUAAAAAGUCAACAGUUUCUUAUGGUAAUAAAGAAGGUCUAGGGAAGGAUGAUGGCGAUGAACAGUUUGAUGAUUGUGACGCAACUUUAGCAAAAGAACUUGAAGCAGAUCCCAAGACUAUCGAUGACUUAAAACAAGAAUCAUUGGGCACGAGUCAGGAAAAUUCGAAUGAUCACCCAGAUCAAGACGAUCCAAACCAAAAUAAAAAUCUAUCAAAUGAUCUCUCACACAAAAAUAAAUCAUAUGAAAAAUCGCAUAGUACAAUUGAUUCUCAAAAAGCAACUUGUAACGACAAAACGGAUUCAUCACAUUCAGAUUCUCAUCACCACCAGGCUUCAAAUCAAGAUGAAUCAUCUGAUGAGCAAGCUCCUCCAUUUUUCUUACAAGUCUGUAAUGACAUUUCUGUUUUAUUAAAAAUGUGGAACCAUAUAAUUAUUCACAAACCAAAAAAACUUGAGCUUGUAUUCCUCGAAAAUAUUGAAGAUAACUUUUCUCGUGAUAAUCCAUGUCAAUUAUAUCAACAGGUACAAAUCCUUUCUGAAGAAAUGCAAGUUAGUUAUUCUAGAAUAAUUUGCCAAAUAUGCUUAGAUAUGCUCAAGAAUACAAGAAAAAAUUGGGGACGUGAACAUAUUAAAUCUAUAUUGUUAUUUCUGAAGCAAUAUAAAUGGGACAAAAGAAAAUUUCUUGAUGCUCUUGACAAUAUUUCUAAAUCAACAGAUUUGAACUUAUCGAAAGCUUUUCCUGAUAUUUUGGAAUACUGUUUUAAAACUUUCACUAUUAAAGAUUCAGAAAUUUUGAAAAUAUGUAAUCAAUGGUUUGAUCAAAAUUUAGAUAUUGUAAAAAAGAAUAAAGCAAGUGAUUUCAACGAGGUCAAAUUCAUUACAAUAGUCUUUAAUAACUUAUCUGAACGUUAUCCUACAAUUGGUGAAAGAAUCAAAAUUUUUAAUUCUUUGUUGGAUCGUGCAGUUGAAAGAACAAUUCAAUGUUCUGAAAAUUCCGUUUUUAAAGCAACAUGUUCAAUUGCUAAAUCCCAAAAACAAAUUUGUGUGAGAUAUUUUGAUGUGGUAAAAGAAGCUUUAGAAAAAUCGCAAAUAAGACUCAAUCAACAAUUAAUCCAAACGGUUCGAGAAAUUUGUGGAUGUAAUAAAGGAGAAAAAUUCAAUAUUCCAAAUGAGUACAUAUGA